AUGCGGGCGGACGGCGACGCGCUCGCCCGCGGUGGGGCGCUGCGAUUAGCGGUUCGGUGCGCGAUGGAGUGCGCGAGACAUCCCCGGGGGGACGAAGCGUUCGUGAGCGAAUCCGUGAAGGCGUCGACGAGCGGACGAGACGCCGACGCGGGGACUUCGCGCGAUGGAGAGAGCGGAGAUGAGCCGAACGGACGUUUGGAGUGGGUGAUUAAGAGGGCACAGAACAGUAGAUAUCAGAACACGGACGAGUUCAAGGCGGAUGUCGAGCGAACUUGGGCGUUUUUGGAGGAUAAGUGGACGAGAGAAGGCGCGAAGACCAGGAUGGACGCCGCGCGCGUCGUUCGCGAGUACUUCGACUCCAAAUGGUUGUCUCGAGGAAUCGGCGAGCGCGGCGGGCUAGUAUGCAUCGGCAGCGUUGGAAUAUCGCCGGAGACGAUCCAAAUGAAGAAGAGCUCGAGCUUGUACUCGCUCAACUCGCUCGCCGAGCGAGCGAACACCGACGACUGGGCGAACGCGACGGGUGAGACAGCGUUCGAGUCAGAGACCAACAACGGCAAGGUGAUCGAGGAUGAUCGCGCUAAGGAACUCCAAGCGCUCGAUCGCUGCGUGCACGUCAUCAAAAACUUUAUCUCUCAACCCGAGGCGUUGAGUUUCAAGGACCCGUUCGAUCCGCAGUCAACGGAUUACGCAAACUAUUGCGCCGUCAUUAAGGAGCCCAUGGACCUAUCCACCGUGCUCAGGCGUUUGGAAAGUAAACAAUGCGAGUCUCCGCAGCAAGUUUGGGAUAUGUGCAACCUCAUCUGGUCCAACUGUCGGUUGUACUAUCCUUCCACGAGCAAGAUGCAAAAGUUGUGCGACCAAGCCGAGUUGAUGCUGACCGCGGCGUGGAGAGCGGAGGGUCUGGAAAGCUUUAUCGGCACUUCAAUCGAUGGUUCGUGCAACGGGCAGUCAAAAACGCGAGGUGUCUCUUUGAGAAAGGGAAGUGGGGUGAAUACUGCGACGUCUACGAAAACUGGCGGACGCGUAGCCGCUUUCAAAUGCGAUGUGUGCAAGCGCAGUAAGAAGGGUCGAUGCGGUACGGAGAGCGCACCUAAAUCGUGUCUCACUCGUCCAGAGAACCAGACAAUCGAAAGACAAGCGAAGAUCAAAGAGAGAGUGAGUAAACUAAAGCCAUUCAAGGCAGCUUGUGUGAAGAAAAUGCUGGCACAGGAUGAAGAGCUGCCAGCGAAAAGGAUGAUUGGUAAACGAAAACUCACCGAGGCAGAGCAGCAGGAGAGUCGUUUCAGACGAGUUUUCGAUGAGACCGACCCGGAGAAUUUCAUCUCACAAAUCCUUGAGACUGGAAGUGGGUCGCAGCAGACGGACUUCAACUGGGAUACCACGGCGCACCUCGCAAACGAACAGUUACGCUUGGAGGUGCUCGCAAACCAGCAACUGGCUCGUUAUGAAGAAAGCGAGCUGUCUCAGCGGUCGAAUGACGGUCCGAAUUCGAGAAACGCGGCGAGCAUCGAGGCCCUACAAACGAGCAUGAAGACGACCACCGAGCUCCUGAAGGAGUGCAACCUCAAGCUGCAAGUGUGCAACAUCAUCAUCGCUCGGACCACGGACGAUUCGAAGAGAGAGACGUACGUCAGCGAAAGAUACACGCUCGAGGGUCAGAUCCGUGCACUUCACAAGAGACAUCAGCAACAGGCGCUUACGCUGCGACGCUUGGUGCUCGGCAAAGACGAUACGCCGAAGCCGGCUCGCAUCUCUCCCGAAGUCUCGAGACAGCCCCGUAACGCCUCAUCGGAGUACACCGACGUCGAUCUGGUCGACCAAUUCGAUCAAUUCAUUUCCGUUGCUACCGUUUUCGACGGCGUCGGUGACGAUGCGAAGAACGACGUCGCUCCUGAAGUCGCCAUCGAGAGCAUGUUCAACUUUCCGAGGGCGUGA